AUGUCUCUAGAGCAGAACCUGCAAUUCCUCACUGUCAACCGGUCAGCGGAGAUAAAGCAGUAUCAGGAGGGCAAUCGGCUAGCCAUGGUGGGGGAGUGGUCACUCGCUCUACCAACUGAUAACAACUCUGAUGACGAUGUCAAAAAGUUCGCAGAAACCCAGAGGGAGGUGUUUGGGCAGGCCAGGGGCGGGUGGUACUUCUGGUCGCUCAAGCUCAACCGCACCGACGACUACCCCAACUGGAGCUUCCGCUCUAGCGUUGCAGCGGGCUGGCUGAAGAAUGCCUCCAGUGGUACUGGCGUGUGGUGA